AAAAAUCAAGAAUCAGUCGUGGUGCUACAGAAUUGCAGAUGACGACAUUAACAAAUACUAAACAUGUCAUUAUACUUUUUAUUUGUAACGACCUAGAAUUUGAAAAUUCAUUAUAAAGAAAUGUGCGAUGUACCAGGACACUGUCUACAGUGCAGUUAAACAAGCAGAAUAUUUUUUUUUUUAAUAAGUCAAUUCAUCAUCAAACGGAAAAUAUAUACUUAUCUUAAUGAAAAAUGAUCCAUAACAAGAUGAUGCUGCAAAACCUCUACAGUACUAUGCUGCUACUUUCAUGUGGAAAAAUACUGGGAGAAAUGACUAGUGAAGAAACUACUUCCACUCAAGCCUUACUCACCAGUGUUAAAGCCCUAAACAGUACAUCCGAAGAAGACAAUCCCACAUUUACUGUUUCAACAUCUCCAAGUAACCUAAGAAAGCAAGCAGGAACUACAACUACAGACAAGCUACUGUAUGGUCAAAGCACAAACCCACACAGUACAAGUCAGUUUGAGCAGCUAAAUGAUGGAACUACAUCUCAUCAGUACUUGAGAAAUGACAUAUCUUCCUUUUCACCAGUAAGUACUGAAACAACAGUGGUAACUCAUCUCAGAAAUACAACCAUGGCUUCUCAAAAAACAGCAAAUGAUGAAGCUUCUUUAUUGCCUCAAAUGUUCUCUCAAGAAUACACAACUGAAAUGCCCUUAUCUUUGCAGCCAACUACUAACACAUCACCAGCGACACAAUCCACUACUACAGUACUGUCAUCAACACAACCAGCUAUUACAAUGACCCAGUCUUGGCAACCUACUAAAGGAAUGCUACCUUCAGAAUUACCUAAUGCAACAACAGUCCCACUAAAACCUACUGAUAAACCAAAAGCAUCAGUGCAGUCCAAUCCUUCAAGUACAACUCUGCAAACUGCAAAACAUGGAGAAAAUGUAAGGCCUACUAAAAAACCAAAACCUAAGAUCGGUUGGAUAAUGGGACUGUGCAUUGGACUGAUCUUAAUUACUACAAUAAUAAUCAUAUCUGUAAUAGGAAUUCUCAAGUGCUUAAUGAAAAAAACAGUCACAGAUCCAAACUGGGCAGGAACUUCUCCUUUUGCAGAUGGACAAAUUGAAACACGGCCAGCUGAUGAUGAAAAAGGAAACAGGCAAACAGUAAUACAGAGCACACUUGCUACAUUUCUGCCUCGCAAAUUCAGUCAUAAAAAGCCAAUGCCAGUUGAUUUCACCUUGCAGAUGCAACAAAUAACUGAAACUCCCACUAAGUUAUCUAAUGAGCACAUAGUCAUAGAUGAAAAUAAAGUGGAAACGAAAGGAGGAGAAAAAGCUGCAAAACUUACUUUGCCAAAUAAAGUAGACACCCCUUCAAUUCCUACACUAGAAGAGAAGGAACUUGUUCCAUCAGUGUUACCUCCCCCACCACCACAACCAAUCAUCCCUAUCAUUCCUGUUGCCAAAGGUGAGUCAGCUGUAAAGCCAGUGCUUUCACCCUCACAAGAACUACAAAUCUGUGAUUCAGAAACUGGUCUUCCUUCCCCGCCACCACCUCCUAUACAAGAUGCUCCAGACUUAAGCAUACUUCCACCACCACCACCACCACCAGAAGACAACUGAUUUGAACAGGAUAUAUCCUUAUUAAAUGUCAAAUUAUUCAGCAGAUCAUACCUGUAAAAGGCAAAAGUAAACAACUACAGCAAUGAAUCACCUUAACUCCCAAAUUCUAUCUUUCACAAUAGUAAUCAAGACCUAAGAAAUUUACACUUUCAUGUUUUUCUUGUUCCAAAUGGAAACCUGUUGAGCAGCAGAACAAUAGUCAUUUUGCAACAAGCAGGAAUAACGCACACACUAAAUCAUGUAAAAUUAAAGACUGGGCCAGCUCCGAUAGCAUAAAGGAGAAAACCAUUCCUACAACCCAGGCAACUAAACUGUGAUUACCGGUUUAGGUGCUUGAUGUAGCUGGCAAAGGGAGGAUAAUGAACAACAUGUUAGUGGGGUGGAGCCAAUCACCUAGUGCUGCUGAAAAUCAAAGCAGAGUGUGGGUAGGCUGAGUGAUUGGUCAGGACUUGUUGCAAGUUUGUCCUUGGGCCUGGUGGAUGCAGGACUGCUCCCAGUGUCUACAUCUCAUUGUUCAGCAAGGUUACUAAGCAUUAAGCAACACUGCCAUGUUUCCAGGGAUUGGGGUGGAGGUUCUAUCCUGUACAAAGCUCACUUCUAAGAGCAGCACAGGUGAGUCUACUGCCUGUUCCUCUCCUGCAGGAAAAACUUUGCUAGUAGCUGAGAGUCUGGCGAUCCUGGCUCAGGUGAUAUAUACCAGGUUCUCUACAGUGUUGUCAUGGACAAAAGAAGAAACAAGGCUUACAGGCAGCUGCACUGAUUCAGAUGACCGAAUUGUCCCUUGAUGAUGACACUGACAAAAAAAUUGCAUAUACACAGCCAAAGAUGUUCAAAUAGCAUCUCAGUCAGCAAGUCCUUAGGCUUUCAUUAGAACAUCCAAAUUAGAUGGCAUUUCUCUGGUAGCUUCCUGUAGGACUUGACACUUUCUAAAUUCCUUGCAAUGUCAUAUGCAUACGUAUACAUUCAGGGAGCUCUUCCUCACUACUUUAAAACCACAAUCCAAAAUAAAAGUAGCAAGUGAGAACUUAAUAACUGGCCAAAUGAUCUAAGAAACUUUUGUCCUCUUCCUAGUCAUCAAAGAUGCCAAGUACGAAAACAGACCUGCUAAUUUAAGUGCUCUCAAACAUAAGGAACUGUGUUAAAUACAGGAUGAAUUGGAUCCCACCUGGUGAAAUGAAAACUCUGCACUGCACUUAAUUUACCAUUAAUCCAAUAAAAACAACUAUAACAUCCUGAAUGAGAACUUGGUCAUACAGACCAAGACUAUUUGAUGAUGAAUAGAGUCCAGCACUUGGGACAGACUAGAAAGAAUACCUUAGGAGUGAGGUACUGAGAAUGAUUUAUUCUAGCAGAUGAUAGUUAGGGUGCCUUCUCUUCUUGAAAGCAUCUGCAAUAGCCCUUUAAACCUUUAGUAAAUAAACACAUGGAUUAAGAUAUUUCAAAGCGUAAUGUUCAUAAAUUAAAAUUUUCUGCAUCUGACAAAACUCAGAAACCAUUUGCUUGGUAGACAAAUCAAAAUGAGGCGAGAGAAAAGUCCCAAAUGUAUCAAGUACCAAACCAAUGUCUGUGUUAUAAGGAAGCCACAACUCGACAGUCAUCUACCUAAGUAUUCUGCAUACCACAAAAACCUGAGAAGGAUACUGAGGUUCUCUACUAUUCUACGACCAGAAAGAAAAAUAACAUCCAAUACAGUUAUUCUGGGGCACAUUCUCAGUAGCAACUUUCUACUAAAGUAACAGUCUUUUAAAUUAAUAUGGCUAACUAUCACAAAGGGAUGGAACUUUGGAAGGUAGCUUGGAGGAUGGAGGGAUCAAUAGCAUACCCUGGUGAGAGCUGAUGCUGCAUCCAGGCAUAUUAACAGAUGGGUCUCCACUGUUGCACAUUGAAGGCAAGUUCUCCUUAUCUGGUUGUGGUGUAAUACAGUUUCAAGCACACAGCUAAUGAAGAUGUAGAAGUGGGAUCAUCUGUUUCUGAUGGAGGGAUGCCUUACUGGUCUGCAUACAUGUCUGGUUCUGCCAAGGUUGUUUCUUUUCACAAGUUUCUCUUCUGGAACUUAUAAUUUGAUUGAUAGCAAUUCAUCAGUUCUUAACAAGGGUAAAACAAGGCUGGGAUGAAUUUUCUGUUAUGUUUCUUACUCAGUGAGGUUUUUCUUUACUUUCAUGACUUAAGAGAUCUGGGUCAGGAAAAGGACAAUGCAAUUUUUUUUGCUCAGCUAAGAUGAAAAGAAUGGCACCCUGAGACAGAUAUAUCACUGAGCAACAUGGUGUAGGUUAAUUUAAUAUACAAAAACGAACCGCACAGCAACAGCCAUUGAAAAAAAGAAUUUAUUCCUCCAGCACCUCGGCUUACUGUUGCCGAGGCGCUAGAGGAAUAAAUCAUUUUUUUCAGUGGCUGUUGCUGUGCGGUUCAUUUUUGUGGUGAAGCAAUUUCCUGGUUGGUGUGGUCAUUUCCUAAUUUAAUAUACAACUCUGGACAACAGUCAUUUCAGAGAUGGUCAUUAAGGGCUACACCAACAGAUGCAGUCAGCCAUGCCAUAACUUACAUUAGCUGAUCUUGUCAUCAUCAGGGAUUUUUCCCAGUAAAGGUCCUGUUUCCUUUAAAAAAGUAGCAAGUAUAGAACACCAAAAGCAGACAGCAGACAGGGAACAUAUCCUUUUGUUCUCAAGAGGUCCAAAUGCUAGAACACUAGAGAUAUGGAUCACUAAGAUGUCUGCAUACUUUGGUUGUUAAUGAAUUACACAGGAUACUACAGAAGCAGCAAAUGGAUGCUGGAGGUACUUUACAGCUGCCUGUAUGGUAAGACUGGAACAAUCUCUGAUGAUUAUGUAGUAUUAAGUAUUUCUUUUAGCAAUAUAUCAUGAAUACAUUUCAUUGCACUUGAGGUCUGAAAAAUCCAGAUGCUCUAGGAUUUAUCCCAUAAAAACCAACAGCCUCAUCAUCUUCUCCAAUUUUAGAAAAGCUCAUACUAGGAAAUGAAGCAGGUAUUCCUGGAAUACAAGGUCUUUAUCUACCCCAAAAUCCAGAGAUUUGCAGCAGAAAUGUGCAAUAAAAAAGGGUCACUCACUGUUAUUAGCCCCUCAUUCAGAAUAUAAUGCAUAACAAGACAGAGGAAGAGUUGUUUCCAAAAUUUUCACUAGCUAAGGCUACAGACACCAAAAUAUAAACUUUGGGUUACUCUCAAUGCCUCGGACAGGCUGCUAACAAUAUGAAAAAGGGACCUUAUCUCCCUAAAGGAUAAACUGCCAAACACUGUUAAUAUGCUUGUUUACAAUUUGCACACCAUAGUUAAAUGUCUGUUCAUGACUGUUUAGGACUACCAAAUAAUUCUAUACAUAGAGGUUGACAAAAGAAGAAAAUGGAAGUCCAUGACCCACCAAAAUUAUGAAGGCCAGUAACUUCUCUUUUGGUGGGGAAAAGCAGGGAACUGGGGCAUCACAGUGUAAAAGGGUGGCACUGUGACCACUGAUUAAGAGUACUUCAUUGUGACAGACACAACUUGAAGAAAUUAGAUAAGAAAAACAGCAACACUUUCUAUUAAAUAAAUGGACUUGCUUCAGAUGGUCAUCUUUAAAUGCUCCCUAAACAACUAGUAAUGUACUUUUUUAUUACCCGAGAAGGUAGAAGAAUUAUGCUUCAUCCACUGCCACGGUAGAGGAAUUAUGGUUCUACAGACAAUUUUCCUGAUUCCCAUACUAAAAUUCUCUGUGUUGACAUUUUCAUAAAAUGCUUGCAGAAUUUGAAAACUUCUGGUUGGUAGUCUAUGUCAAAGGGGGAAAAAAAAAAACAUACCGCAUGGCCAUCUUCUUUGCAGAUCCACUACAUUAAGAUGAUGUCCAACUAGCUGCGCAUUAACUUCAUCAGUCAAAAAAAAAAAUUGGAACCACCUCCCAAAAACUCUUAAACCUCA